AUGCCCGCCAGCAUGUUCAGCAUCGACAACAUCCUGGCCGCCCGGCCGCGCUGCAAGGACUCGGGGCUGCCCGUGGCGCCCAGCGCCGCGGCCCCGGUCGUCUUCCCGGCCCUGCACGGGGACUCGCUCUACGGCGCCGGCGCCGGCGGCGCCUCGGACUACGGCGCCUUCUACCCGCGCCCGGUGGCCCCCGGCGGCGCAGGCCUCCCGGCCGCGGUCGGCGGCUCGCGCCUGGGCUACAACAACUACUUCUACGGGCAGCUGCACGUGCAGGCGGCGCCCGUGGGCCCGGCCUGCUGCGGGGCAGUGCCGCCGCUGGGCGCCCAGCAGUGCUCCUGCGUCCCGACGCCUCCAGGCUACGAAGGCCCCGGCUCGGUGCUGGUGUCCCCGGUGCCACACCAGAUGCUGCCCUACAUGAACGUGGGCACGCUGUCGCGUACCGAGCUGCAGCUCCUCAACCAGCUGCACUGCCGGCGGAAGCGGCGGCACCGCACCAUCUUCACGGACGAGCAGCUGGAAGCGCUCGAGAACCUCUUCCAGGAGACCAAGUACCCAGACGUGGGCACCCGCGAGCAGCUGGCCCGGAAGGUGCAUCUCCGCGAGGAGAAGGUGGAGGUCUGGUUUAAAAAUCGCCGCGCCAAGUGGAGGCGGCAGAAGCGAUCGUCCUCCGAGGAAUCGGAGAACGCUGAAAAGUGGAACAAGACGCCGUCGUCCAAGGCGUCGCCCGCCGAGAAGAGGGAAGAGGAAGGUAAAAGCGAUUUGGACUCGGACAGCUGA